UGAGUUGUGGUCAAAUUAAGUAGGCUCGCUGUCACAACUCACAUGGCGGCUUGGAUUUAAAUUCACAUUUGGUUUUAAUUUGGCAAAGACCAUCCACCACACUCCACACAGAAAGAUCCAUAGAGAUUCCUUUAUCGUGGACAAAGAGGAACCGGAAAUGGCUUCAGAUCCGAAGAUUUACAACUUCCAGGAGGUCGAGACGCAUAACACCACCAACGAUUGCUGGCUUAUUAUUUCUGGCAAGGUGUAUGAUGUAACCCCAUUCAUGGAUGAACAUCCUGGAGGUGACGACGUUCUACUGUCAUCGACUGGCAAGGAUGCAACAAAUGAUUUUGAAGAUGUGGGCCACAGUGACAAUGCUAGAGAUAUGAUGGAUCAAUAUUGCAUAGGCAAGAUCGAUGCCAACACUCUUCCGGCGAUACGUAAUUACAUUCCACCACAGACACCCCAAUACCAUCACGGUAAAACGCCGGAAUUUGUUUUCAAGGUCUUACAGUUUCUCGUACCCCUCUUGAUCUUGGGCGUAGCCUUUGCAGCACGUCACUUCACUAAGAAAGAAUAGAUGAAGUCCGUGUGAAAAUUCUGUCCCUGAUGGUAGUAAGGUCAACUCGAAGACCAUAUUGUCUCAUUUAUUGGUGACAAUAUCUUUUUUCUUAAAAAAAAUUGAUUGGAUAAUAAGCAGGAACUUUGUGGCGUCUUUGUUUCUCAUUUCACUCUGUUGGAUGAUCUGUUUCCGUAGUGAAGUUGGUGUAUGCAGUCGCCUAUUAUUUAUUUAGCAGGAGCUGAAUCUUCAACCAUUUCCUGUGUUUGCUCC